AUGCAGAUUCAAGGUGGUUCGCGAAACUUCCUGCUUCUCCAAGAAGAUUCAGAGCGUGGAUUCUGCUUUUCCAGCUCAACAUCUCCAUGUGCAAUUUGCUCUGAUGAUGAAUCACGUGCACUGCUUGAAACUGCAUUUUGGCGGGAAGCUUUUCCAGAAGGAGGUGGAAAAGAAACGCCACCGUUUGGAGCUGAGCUUGAAAUUAUUCUGGAUCCAGCCUUCGCCGUGUUACAACAAGUUCACAAUGCUGGCAGUGCUUCUAUUCUCAUCUGUGAUACCGCUAAAAAUAUUCCCGUAUUGAAUUUCGUUCAAAUAAAUCCCGAUGGCAGCCAUCAAAUUUCUCGUCACCACAGGGACGUUUUUCCGUCCAGCGCCGCUUGUUACCGUUGCACCGACCAGGUCAAUGGAUUGAUAUGUUUCUACCACGGCGGCAAGGGCCGUUCCAGUAGCGAGACCCAAUAUUACUACCUUCACAACAUCGCAACCAACGAAACUUUGCGAAUUCCUGAUUCCAGAUGUCGCGGGCACGAAUGGAGUCGAUACCAACUUGGUUUCGAUCCAGUUUCUAAGCUUUAUAAGUUGUUGAGAGUAUGCGUCACCAAAGAUACUUAUGAUUGGGAGAUUCUGACGUUUGGAGGAGGAAGGGAGUCAUCAUGGAGAAGGAUUUCUUCUCCAGGGAGAAAAGGAUUCGUGGAGGAUAUGUUGAUUAACAGCAUUUGUUACGAUGGUGUUCUAUACUGGGAUCAUCAUAGCUCAGAUUGGGGAAUUUCUGCUUUUGGUCUUUCUAAGGAGAAGUUUCACAUUAUCCCGAGAGGAGAAGAGAAGAUAAAGGAUGAGUUUUUGAUCCGUAAUCUUGAAUCAGAUGAUGAGAUGCACAAGCGGUACAACAUGUACUUCCGUAUCACGGGUAUACUUCCUGAUGGAAAGGUUUUGAUUUCUGCGGUUGGAUAUGAUAUGCCGGGGCAGAAAAAACAUUUAUUAUUUAUAUGA